UUAGCUCGCCAGAAAAUAAAAGAUAAAAAGAUGUCGGCGAACAACUUGCCGUUCCUCAGCGUUUUCCUUCUUCUCAGUUUACUCCGGUUCGAUUCAAUUCCCGGUUUAGAAGCAGCCGGGAAAUUAGCUUCGAUUCCAGGAGUGUAUGUGUUCGGAGAUUCGUUGGUUGAUGCCGGAAAUAACAACUACUUACCAUUUUCCGUAGCCAAAGGGAAUUAUCCUCAUAACGGCAUCGAUUUUCCUAAGAAGAAAGCCACCGGAAGAUUCUGUAACGGCAAGAACUUCGCAGAUGUUAUCGCGGAGAAAAUUGGUUUACCGUUACCGCCGCCCUACCUCUCGCUGAGAGGCUUACUAAAAUGGAGAAAGAGAGAGUCCGCCGCUGUAACAGGUGUUAACUUUGCCUCCGGCGGUGCCGGAAUCUUUGAUGGCUCCAGCCAAUUUCCGGGACAAGCUAUUCCUUUAUCACAGCAACUGAAACAUUGGCUCUCUAUUCAUAAAGCACUCACGAGAAAGCUUGGACGAUCCAAAGCACAAAUUCACCUAUCCAAAUCUCUAUUCGUUAUGGUCAUAGGCAGCAAUGAUCUUUUGAAUUAUAUUCGAUCUUCCCAACUUCGGAGAAAGAGUAGUUCUCAACAGUAUACGCAAUCAGUGGUCGAUAGAUUUAAAGCGCAAUUGAAGACAGUUCAAGAGACUGGAGCACGUAGAUUUUUAAUACUCGGAGUAGCAGAACUCGGUUGCAUGCCGAGCAGAAGAGAGAAGAACUCGACGACCCAUGAAUGCAAUAAAGAGGCAAACAUGUUGGCCUCUUUGUAUAACAAAGCUCUAAUAAAGAUGUUGCAACAACUGAAAGAAGAGUUGAAAAGCUCAAUGGCUUACUCUUACUUUGAUAUGUUUAACUCUGUACAUGACAUUGUCUCCAACCCUACCCAUUACGGUUUUUCUGACGUGACAUCAGCGUGUUGUGGAAGUGGGGUAUUAAACGCGGAGCUUCCUUGUUUCCCAGUGUCAAACUUAUGUUCAGACAGAACCAAGUAUCUCUUCUGGGAUCGCUAUGGUCAUCCCACAGAAGCUGCUGCGCGAACCAUCGUCAAUUUUGUGUUAUCUGAGGAUACACAAUACUCAUCUCCAUUAACUCUCACUCAAUUGGUCUCUUCAUGAUCAAUACGCGCGGCUUCGUUUGUUUCUCAAUGCUCCAAACCAAUAUGUAGUCCACCUUAACAAGUGUAGCGUUACAUCACGGUUUAUUUCAGCCUUUAUAAGUGGUUAUAACUUAUAACCAGAGGCGAAUGCA